CACACGCCUCAUAGAAUGUUCAGUCGAUUCGAAAUUUAAAAUUUUCGAAAUUAAAUAAAAAAAAAAAAACGAAAAUGUCAUACACAGUUUCCCGCGUUUUGCGGCGCGCGUCAAAUGUUUUUUUUUCGCAAAGGCGCUAUGAAACUACGGUUGCCAGUUUGACGAAGGAUGAAAUUUUGAUCCUGCUAAGGCCGCCAUUCACGAAUUGGAGUAACGCGAUACGGGAGGCUGAGAAAGUGGUGGGAUAUCCGACCUCUUUUAUGAAUUUGAGAUGUUUGCUUAGCGAUGAAUUUGCUAAUUUGGCGCUGUAUUUGAGGAAAUUGGUAGGCAGCAACCACCUCGUAAUGCAGACAGCAAAAAACGUGCUCUACGGCGACUCAAAGAACCUCCAACCCUGGGGCCUCAUCAUCUUACUCCUCUCAAAAUCUGUCAAAAUUCGUUCCACACAAACUAAAGUUAUAGAAGAACAACAGAGACAAUUAGCCGAGUUAACAGAAAUGAUGAGAACUGGACAUCUUAUACACAGAGGCAUUGUGAACGUACCAUUUGCAAAACGAUCGAAGAAUACAGAAUCUGCUAUAUUUGGGAACAAAAUCGCUAUACUACUCGGUGACUAUCUUCUUGUAACAGCUAAUGCUAUGCUAGCAGGUCUAAAGAACGCUGAUGUAUUAUACAUAGUGUCUACAGCAUUAAGGGAUCUCUCUGAAGGCGAAUUCUUUGGAGAACGCGACGAGCAAAACAUGCCUAUACCAGGAAAACCAAAGAACGAGAAAGACGAUCUGAACAUAACGUUCGAUACAACGUCCAUUGCUGCUGAUGACGUGCUCGGGAAGCCCAGACAGGAAUGGACAGCUAGGACAGUCUUCAAUGGAGUGAGUUUGCUAGGAAGAGGUUGCCAAUCAGCGAUGUUACUUGGUAGGCAAAGUCGUGAUACACAAAACAGCGCGUAUCACUUCGGAUGUCAUGUAGGCUUAGCUUGGCAAGCUGCUACGGAAUUACAAACUUUACGCUCAGACAGUAAAGAUCAGUUUUGCCUAGCAAGCGCCCCGGUAUUGUUCGCGUUGGAAGAAAAUCCCGAAUUGUAUAAAAUCAUCGAUCAAGCUAAGAAUGAUGUAAAGGAUGUUGAUUAUGAAGAUUUAAAGUUUAAUAUAUUAAAAACAGAUGCAGUUGAUAAAACUAAGAUGCUGUAUGAGGAUCACGCGAAGAAAGCAACGUCAUAUAUUGAGAAUAUUGCUAGAAAUGACACUGUUGAAAUGAUUAAGAAGUUGAUUAAUACAUUUUGAUUGUUGUGAACUAUGAAGGAAAAUUCAUUGUUUUUAUCAGAAAUUGC